UUGUUUUAUCAUGAUUAGGUAAAGCUGUUACCUUUCCUCUCUACAUAUAGUUACUCAAUUGAUGUUAAACAAACCAAACCUUAAUUAACUUUAAGUUUCCUUUGUUCAUCCUUUGUGUAUUUGAUUGUAGAACUCCCUUGGUGAUUGGACAGUCAUCUCAGGUUUCCAGUGAGCAAGGCUGCCCGAUCGGUGUUACCGAUACUGGCUGCGAGUGAAACUCGGUCCCUCUUGUCUCAAGAGACAUCAGCAAUUUUGGCACUCCAAAGGUUGUGCUAAAAGUCACAAGCCGUGCUGUCCUGCGACACGCCAGAGUAACGGAGGACCGGGGACACUGCGGUUCAGUGUUUGGGGAGCACCGGGGAGGUUGACCAAGCCACUGGUUCCCACCUGAAUGACUUCAAUUCAACCAGAGACAGUAACCUGGGAGCCACCAACGAAGUUAAAUAGUAGAGCGACCACCAGCAGCCGGUGUCAUCACACGACCCGCUAGGCUACUGCCUGUCAAAUCUCCAUUUCAGGUCCUUCGUUGACCCAAGUUAAUUGGCUACUUAACUGUCUGACUGUUUGCAUCAGUCAGCCCCAAAAUUCUCAUAAACGGCACAGCCCGUAUGAAUAUAGCUCGUUAAACGUAGAACGAACUUGCAUUGGUCUUUUUGUGUGUGUGUGCUGUGCUUCUCUCACCGACAGAGAAUCAGGAUGUUCCAGGCAUCCAGUCCAGCAGUCCACGGGGGCCACCUCUCGACAUGGUUGAAAGCAGUGACGACCCCCUUCCUGCCCAAGGAUGCCAUUAACCUGCAGCACCCAGAGCAACUAGACACCGAGCUAGAUGAACUGAUGGCACGCGAUCCAAACCAAAGCGACUACUACAGAGAACUCGCCAGGAUCUUCAGAAGCCUAGUUCACAUUCUCGUCGCCCAGGCACGGCUCAGUGAACGGAGCAACAUCGCGGAGGAGGCCUGGAAGGACCAGGCCCCAACCCAGAGUCAUCUUGAUCAGCUCCUCCUCGAGACCCAGAACCAGCGCGAGAAAGAGGACGACACAGAUCCAGAGCUACGGACAGGAGUUGAAAGACUUCACAAUGCCCUGCAAGAUCUUCGCCUCGACACAGAUCAAAGAGAACAGCUGGAGAGAGAAGCCAGAAAAGACCUCACCAAAAAACUCCAGCAAGGUGACGCUCUCCUAAAAAGAGCAGAGACUGAAUUGAAAGAAAGAGUCUAUAAAACCUGGGCCUGCAAAACACACUUGCAAGCGGCCCAAGCUAAAUUCAACAAGCUUACUCUGCAGAGAGACAAGCUCCAAGAUGAACUUUACACUGCUCACACAGAACUGAGACAAUUUCACAGAUUACAGAGUGGCUGGAUCGGAGAAACGCACACCACAAAAUUUCUCCCGGGCCGCCACUCCAACCCUUUCAGCCAAGAACCCAGAGCUGGAAAAGGGGGUGUAAUCUCCCUUCUAAGGAAAUCACCAGCCAGCUUGCAAGAACAUCUGUCAAUAACGGAGGGAAGAGAACCCUUCCAGAGAACGCAUGUCACCAAACCCUGCACUGCUCACAGAGAACUUCACAAGCUAGCCAGAAGCAUCUCUACAUUCAUUCCAGAUCCUGCAGGAGGACAUGAUGUUCAUGCUUCUUUACAAGCCAUUGACUUUCAUUUGCAAACUGUCGCCAACGUGACAGAUGUGAACACAUUGUACCUGUUAAAAAUCACGGCCAGCCGUGAUGUGCAUUGCUUUCUGGAUCGUCAACCAGAGACUGUCAAAGCGUACUACCAGCAACUGCUACAGACUUUGAUUCUUGAAUUCUCUGAUCCAAACUCAGAUCAUGGGCUCCUUAUUGCUAUGGACCUCAAACAGGGCCGAUUUGAAAACCCACAGACUUUCUGUAGUCAGCUACGAAACACCUACUUCGGAGCAUGCAAUGAACCAGGUAUGGAACAGGAUUUCAACUUAAAAACUCUGUUCCUCCCAAACCUACAUGCCAGUUGGAGUUUUCAUCUCAGAGUCCCAGCGUGUCCCCGUAACAGGACUACACAAGAGUUACGGAACUUAGCCCACAAAGCUUGCACCAAGCAAAAGACGAUUUGUGAAAAGACUGUGAAAUACCCCAAAGUCUCUGUCUCUGAGCACUGCUUGGAGUUAACCCUAGAUGGCGCUCUACAACACCACAGUCACAGACAUCUUUACAGAGAGUCAAUACCAUUCCAAGCCAGCAGAGGGCAACACAGUGCAGCCACGUCUGAGACAGCAGAGAUCCUGAGGGUGCUGAAAGAUCUUCUUCACAUGAAUACUCGCAAGGAGGAUGAGCCAAGCACCCAGAACACUGCCCGAGCUCCACAGUCAACAGCUACAGCUAACUGAACGAGACAGCACAGGUCCUCACACCAGGUACCACAAACACAAGGUACCAGAAAAUGCUGUUUUGACUACCUGCCUUCGCAGCGAGCUACACAAGACCGGUCCUCAUCACCCACCGAUCGUCCCACCUGCCCUAAUGCCAACAUUCCUGGGCAGCCCUGUCAAAAAGGGGGUGGGUCAAAAAGGAGUCAACAGGGAA